CCUUUCUCUCGGCUGCCGAAAAGGCCGCCCUGGAAAAGACAGCCGAUGCCGUCGCUACCGCUGGGAAAGGUAUUACGGGUACGUCGCAAAAAUUUCGAACCGUGGAUGCACACCUCGGCCGGGGGGAUUUCCGCACGCGCAGGCACUCAUUCCUUCUCGGCACCCAAACGUUCCAAAUGCUUCCUUCUUCUAUACCACAGCGUGCGACGAGGGGCCGGCAACCAUCGGGGGUCGUUUCGAAGCCGUCGGGGUCGAGAAUUCCGAGGAAAACCGCAGGCUGUACCGACAGAUGCUCUUCGAGGCACCCGGAUGCGAGGACUACCUGUCCGCGGCAAUCCUCGAUCCCGAGACCCUGUACCAGCGCUCGGACAACGGCGUGCUCUUCCCGGAUCUUCUCACGAAGAAGGGCAUCGUCCCCGGCGUGAAGCCCCACCUGAAAAUCUACACCCUCCCCGGCACCAACGGCGACACGGUUAUGCAGGGACUCGAUUCGCUGGCCGUCCGGUGCAAGGAAUACUAUGCCGCCGGAGCUCGUUUCGCCAAGUGGAGGAGCCCCCUCGUCAUCGACAUGGAAAAGAAGUGCCCGACGGAUCUUGCCAUCAAGGCCAACAUGCACGAUCUUGCCCGGUACGCCCUCAUCUGCCAGAGCGAGGGCCUGAUGCCCAUCGUCGAGCCCGACAUCAGCCUGUCGGGAUCGCACACGCUGGAGGACGCCAUCGACAUCAACAUCCGGGUCCAGUCCGAGCUGUUCAAGGCGAUGAUCGACCACGGGGUGUACAUGGCCGGAUCCACCCUCAAGCCCAACAUCGUGAACCCCGGACGCGACUGCGAGAAGAGCUACACCGUGGAAGAAAUCGCCGAGGCCAACAUCUUUGUCUUCGAGCAGAGCUUCCCCGUCGCCAUGAAGGGGUGCAACUACCUCUCCGGGGGACAGGACCUGCCCACGGCCGCCGCCCGCCUGAGCGCCAUCAACAAGGCCAACAAGAAGGGCCCCUGGAACCUGUCGUUUUCCUGGAGCCAGGCCCUGCAGCUGCCCCUGUUGGACCUCUGCAAGGGCAAGGGCGACCUCCAGCUCGAGGAAAUGAGCAAGCUCUACGUCGACGAGCUCAAGAUCGCCGGAGCGGCGGCAAAGGGCGAGCACGAAUGGGCCAAGGGAGAGGGCGACCACGAGGCCGCCUAGAUUGGAUUGUGACCUUUCGGGUUCCGAGAUCCGGCCGACCGACCGAAGCAUAAAUUUUGAAUUAAAUAUAUCCCGAUCGU